GCUGAUGUGGAACUUCGAGUAACCUGAGCUGAAACUGUAAAAUAAGCUAUCAUUGACGCCUCUAACGUUCGACAUUUUAAUAAUUCCAUUUAUUUACUGAUUUUCGAUAUUCUUUUCUUGUUUUGUGUUCACGUUAGUUAUGCAAGAAUUCAUGCUUCUCCAAAUUCUGAUUGGUUUUUCUGUCUUGGCGACGGCAAUUCCGAAACCGGAAAACGAUCAUAAGCCGCGAAUCAUUAAUAAGGAGCCAAGUAAAAAAGAACAUUUUGUUAAUUCCCAACAUAAUCCAGCCUAUGAUCAUGAAGCUUUUCUUGGCGAAGAAGCGAAAACAUUUGAUCAACUUACUCCUGAAGAAAGUGCAAGAAGACUAGGAAUAAUAGUUGAUAAAAUAGAUAAAGAUAAAAAUGGUUAUGUUACUGGAGAAGAACUUAAAGACUGGAUAUUAUAUACACAACAACGUUACAUAAGAGACAAUGUUGAACGUGAAUGGAAAUCUCAUAAUCCGGAAGAAAAAGAAAAACUGCCAUGGACAGAGUACUUAGCAAUGGUUUAUGGAGAUAUGAAUGAACAUGAAGCAGAAAAUCAUGAAAAAUCCAAAGAUAAUGUAUUUUCAUAUGUUGCUAUGCUUAAGAAAGAUCAUAGACGUUGGACAGCUGCAGAUUUAGAUGGUGAUGAUGCUCUUACUAAAAAAGAGUUUGCUGCCUUCCUUCAUGCAGAAGAAGCAGAUCAUAUGAAGGACGUUGUAGUUUUAGAAACUAUGGAAGAUAUUGACAAAGAUGGAGAUGGAAAGAUAUCUCUUUCAGAAUAUAUCGGUGAUAUGUAUGAUGGUGCAGAAGGUGAAGAAGAACCAGAAUGGGUAAAAAAUGAAAAGGAACAAUUUUCUAUGUAUCGUGACAAAGACGGCGAUGGUUUUCUAGACUUUGAUGAGGUGAAAACUUGGAUUAUUCCACCUGACUUCGAUCAUGCAGAGGCAGAAUCUCGACACCUCAUAUUUGAAGCAGAUACAGAUGCAGACCAAAAACUUACCAAAGACGAAAUACUAGAAAAGUAUGAUAUUUUUGUUGGUUCUCAAGCAACUGAUUUUGGCGAAGCAUUAGCUAGGCAUGACGAAUUUUGAUAAAAUUUCAUACAUAAUUUUUAACUUGUACUUUCAUAAAUGAAAAAAAGCGUA